UCUGAGCAGUUGUUGUCCGUUAGGAUCUUCUUGAAGCUGCACACGCUACUCCCAAAAUGGCUUCAAUCGCCACCUUUGCCGCCCUCCAUCCCACCAUCGCCGGCUGCUCGCUUGCCGGUACUAAGCUCCAUCUCAAACCUUCUCGUGUCAGCUCCAAGCCCACUAACUACAGGGCUGCUGCAGUGGUUGCCAAAUAUGGUGACAAGAGUGUGUACUUUGAUUUGGAGGAUAUCGGCAACACGACGGGACAAUGGGACUUGUAUGGAUCUGAUGCACCUUCACCAUACAAUCCCCUUCAGAGCAAGUUCUUCGAGACUUUUGCUGCUCCAUUCACCAAGAGAGGUCUAUUGCUCAAAUUCUUGAUAUUGGGAGGCGGCUCAACUCUUGCCUACGUCAGCUCCCAAGCAACCGGAGAUGUUCUACCAAUUGUCAAGGGUCCUCAACUUCCACCGAAGCCGGGGCCUCGUGGCAAAAUCUAAUUUCUUGGAGUUUAUGUGUUUCCAUACGUUAACUGUGUUUGAUGUAUCAUUCCGACAGCCUUGUAAGUAUAACCUAUCCUUCUUGUGACACUGUAAUAAUUACCACGUCUUCAAUCAGAAGUUUAUUUUGGGCUCGUUGCUGUUUGGUGGACUAA